GCAGCAGCAGCAGCAGGUGCGCCUCCUCCCGCGCCCGCCGCGGCUCUCAUGAUGUGCCUGGAGAGCGACGGCUCGUCGGGCGGCGGCGGCGGCGGCGGCGGCGGACGCCUCCGGGGCCCCGGCGGGGACGAGGACGACGAGGACGACGGCGGAGGAGGCGGAGGAGGAGGAGGAGGCGAGCGGGGCUGCUGCGGGCGAGGCGGCGAGGUGCAGACGCUCUCCGGCGCGGUCCAGGCGCCCGGCGAAGGCGGCUCCAAGGCGGCGGCGGCGGCGGCGGCGGCGGCUCCCAGCCUGGGCAGAGCGCGCGUGGCGGCCGCCGCCAUCCUCAGCGUGGGCAACGUCCUCAACUACCUGGACAGGUACACCGUGGCAGGGGUUUUGCUAGACAUUCAGCAACACUUUGGAGUCAAGGAUAGCGGAGCCGGCCUUCUUCAGACCGUUUUCAUCUGCAGCUUUAUGGUGGCAGCACCGAUUUUUGGCUACCUUGGUGACCGUUUCAACAGGAAGAUUAUUCUGAGCUGUGGGAUUUUCUUCUGGUCCGCCAUCACCUUCUCCAGUUCCUUCAUCACCGAACAGUAUUUCUGGCUGUUUGUCCUUUCACGAGGUUUGGUCGGCAUCGGGGAAGCCAGCUACUCCACCAUCGCCCCCACCAUCAUAGGAGAUCUUUUCACCAAAAACACCCGGACGCUCAUGCUGUCGGUCUUCUAUUUCGCCAUCCCUCUGGGCAGCGGUUUAGGAUACAUCACUGGAUCCAGUGUCAAGCAGGUAGCGGGUGAUUGGCACUGGGCGUUGCGGGUCUCCCCCCUUUUAGGAAUGAUUACCGGGACCCUCAUCCUAAUAUUUGUUCCAGCUGCUAAGAGAGGCAACGCUGAGCAGCUGGGAGCUCAGCUGAAGGCCCGGACGUCAUGGCUGAGAGACAUGAAGGCUUUGAUAAGAAAUCGCAGCUACGUCUUCUCCUCUCUGGCUACCUCUGCAGUCUCCUUUGCCACGGGAGCUCUGGGCAUGUGGAUCCCUCUCUACCUCCACCGGGCACAGGUGGUCCAGAAAACUGCAGAGACCUGCACGUCACAGCCCUGUGGGACCAAAGACAGCUUGAUCUUCGGAGCGAUCACGUGCUUCACUGGAUUCCUGGGUGUGAUCAUUGGAGCUGGAGCAACCAAGUGGUGCCGGUUGAAAACGCAGCGGGCGGAUCCCCUGGUCUGCGCCGUCGGAAUGCUGGGCUCGGCCAUCUUCACCUGCCUGAUCUUCGUUGCAGCCAAGAGUAGCAUUGUGGGAGCCUACGUCUGCAUUUUUAUCGGCGAGACGCUUUUGUUUUCAAACUGGGCCAUCACAGCUGACAUCCUCAUGUAUGUGGUUAUUCCUACGCGCCGAGCGACAGCGGUAGCUUUGCAGAGCUUUACGUCACACCUUCUAGGAGACGCUGGGAGCCCGUAUCUGAUUGGAUUUAUUUCGGAUGUGAUACGGCAGAGCACAAAGGAAUCUCCGCUCUGGGAAUUCCUCAGCUUAGGCUACGCGCUCAUGCUGUGCCCUUUCGUCGUCGUCCUGGGCGGGAUGUUUUUCUUGGCAACGGCCCUCUUCUUCCUGAGCGAUCGAACCAAGGCGGAGCAGCAGGUCAAUCAACUCAUGCUGCCUCCAGGCUCCGUGAAAGUCUAAGGCGCUGACAUCUCGGACGAUGAAGGAAACCUUUUGUGAGCGCGGGCUGCCACGGAGCCCCCCAAACCAGCGGGAGGCCUGCCUCCGCGCCCCCCUCCCUGCUCCUGGAGCCGAGGAAGAUUCAGCCACGAGACCCAUGAGGACACGGGGGGGGCGUCGUUGCUUCAACCAAGUCCAGAGGGUCCCUCAGGGCGCUUCUGAGCAGGCCUGGAGGCCUGUGAGCGUUGUCUGCACAAGCAAAGUUUCCCACUCCAGAGGGACCUACACACACACAUUCCGCCCAGGAAGUUGUUCGCGUCAGCCGUUGGACGCCCGGCUGGCCUUUCUCCGCAAACCCAGAAACAUUGUCCCAGUCGAAAAAGCAAAGCUUAGCUUUCCUAUUUGCAAAACCCUACAUACGUUUUAUUAUUAUUGAUUAUUAUUAUUAAUUAUUAUUAUUAUUAUUAUUAUUUAAUCACACCAUAGGAUGCUUUCUUUCUGCAGAAGGCUGAAAAGACUGGACUUGGGUGAACAGUGUUUUGUUUUUGACUAUUUAAGGGUAUUGUUUGCACCAGCAGUGUGCUGGGGCUACCUCAGACCUACCAGAGGGUUUGGUCUUGGACCGGCGUGAAUUUGGUGUUUAAAUUCGCACUUUCCCAGGAGUGAUUUCAAGUGACAGUAAAAAAAAAAAUGACGACGACAAGGACAGUUCUGGUGUAGAGUAUCAAUGGCCAGUGGUCCUCCAGAGCAGAGAAAUGGUUGGCUAGAGGGGACCUUUUCCGAAGAUGGAAUGCUCCGUAUCCCUUUACGCAACGCAAAGGGAAGUGGGAGCGUCGCUGCUUCCUCGUCCACGCUGGGGCAAAGCAGAGAAGAACGGCCUGAAAUUCGGUUCCAUGUUUCCGCUGGACCCGGAAGUCUUGCACUGCUAAUGACUGCUGAUUUGGGGAGGUGGAUGUGACCCGCUCUUCGGUUUCGGAGGGAGGGGACGCCACGUGGACUGGGUGGCCCAUCCGGAUCUCUGAAGCUGCAUCUCCAGUCUCCGUGGCUCGCCAUGGAGCUACGGCCCUGUUCCGUGAGAGCUCUGGGAAGGGCGGUCAGCGAGGGGCGCGCGUCAUCAGCAGGAACUUGACGGGCUCCCGGUGUCAUCUCAGCCAAAGACGCAGGAAGGCAGAGAGAUGAGUUCUGUCCCAAGGGGUCUUGAAUGGAGUUAGGUUGGGCGUGUUCUAACAGAGACCCGCCCCCUCUCUCUCGCACGCCGGUUUCUUUAACUUGCCUUCACCCAUAACACGUUCGGUGCGGAUAGUGGUUCCUGCAGGUGGGGGGAUUUCCAAAGAGGAACGACUCCGCCAGCACCCACUGCACUUUUUAGGGAGGCAGAAUUGCAAGCGUGACGCCGAUGUGACACAGUACCAAUUCUUAUGCUGUACCACUGCCGGUCACUAGGAACAGGGGCGGUGUCAGCGUCCGGCAUCCUUGGGCGAGUGCCAUGGUACUAGCAUCAUGGCAGAGUCCACCCCAAGCCCUCCACCACCACCACCCCUUUAUAAAAAUAACUCUCCCGGCUCAAGGCGAAGUCUCAUUCUGGGCUGCUGUGGGAAAUUUAAGUGGCAGCUAGAGAAACCUGCCCAGUGAGUGGAGUAAGAAAUGCAAAAUUCAGCACGGACUCAACUGGGCUUACUGUUGUUAAACCGUGCGCUACAGGCGUGGGUACCUGUGAGCAAGUUUCUAGAUCGCACCAAACUCUUCACCAGAGAGAAUGGGGGAAAGGGAGCGAAGUCUCGGAUGUGCAUAGGCGCCAGGAGAGACAGAAAUGCAAAACGGAUCGAAAAAGAGCAUAAAUAUCGGACACGUUCCUCUGAAUUUCAGCCACACCAGGACGUUAGAAAGGCGCACUCUCUGGCUAUAGGCUUAAGUAAGGUUAAAACAUAACCUGGGAAGGUAAUCUUGAGGCCCCCCGCCCAAUCCCCACCUUUUGCCGACCCCCGUGAUGGGAUCUGUCAUUUGACCUCGACGUUUUGUAAAAAGACACUUAACAAUCACCUUGCCGAUGUGAAAGAGUGUGAUGUACGUUUUUUCUUGUUAUACAAGGCAGGACUCAAAAUCGUUUUCUGAUUUUCUUUCAGAAGCAAAACAAUAACAAAGAGACAAGGAAAUGGCUGUUUUAUUUUUUAAAGAGCUAUGAAAUUGAUGAUGGGUCUCAGAGUAGAAGGAAAAAAAAUUCAAAUAUAUAUAUAUAAAUAUAUAUAAGAUAUAUAAAUACAUAAAUUGUUAUGUAAAUUAAGAAAUAAAGAAGUAUUUAAACACA